AUGGAUAUAGGAGAACCCCAUGAUCUUUUCCACGUAUUAGGAUCAGAUACGACAUCGGUGCGAAAAGGAAGUGAAGAUAAUGAAGUCGAUUUGAGUUCUGGCUCGUGGCCCACAGUGGAGCUAAAGGAGGAGAUCUUGGCUCAAAUGAGCGACCUACGACAUCAGGACACUGCAGAAUACGUUCCCAAGGAUCCUCAAAAUAAAAAGUUCAAGUACCUUGACAUGUAUCAGAAUUUGGCCAGGGCAGGUUCCCUGACAGAUACCUUUAAUCUAUCAGCUCUAGAUGAUUUCAACCAGUACGUGAAGAAGGCUGAAAUCAACGAUACCAUCCAGCAGCAGCUUCGACAGAACCAGCUCAAACGCGAUAAGAACAUGCUUUCCAUAGUUCGGUCUUCAGACUUGAACGAGAAAUUCUGCCCAUUUGGCGCAGAUGAAUCAACGGGGUCACCUCUGAAGAACACUUUCAAACUCCGGUAUCCAUGGAACCAUCAUUCUUCAUACGAUCGGGAGAAACAGGUUCAAAAUCCAUCAGACUUUUCUGAGCUAAAUGUAGCUGGCGGCACCUCAGAUGAAAAUGCAAGGGGCGAACAGAAGGGACGGUACUUGGAACGUAAGCUAGAGGUGAGACACUUGCAAAUGAUCUCUUUCGGAGGUACGCUAGGUGUGGGUUUGUUCUUGAAUUGCGGCAAAGCAUUCACUAUUGCUGGAGGUUUCGGCACAGUUCUUGCAUUCCUAAUAGUUGGAGCGAUUGUUCUCGCGACGUUGGUAUGCUUCUGUGAGAUGGUCACGUUCGUAUCAGUUGUUGAUGGUGUAUCUGGUCUCAGCUCACGUUUUGUCGAUGAAGCGUUUGGCUUCGCUACUGGUUGGCUUUAUUUCUUGAGUUUUGCGCUAGGUUUGGCCGGUGAAAUAGUUGCCGCUGUGAUCCUUCUCACGUACUUUCCCGAUCUAGAGGUCAGUACUAAGAAGGGCUCUGUGGUGGGCUUUGUCACGCUUUUCUUGUUAUUUUGUUUGCUAAGCAAUUUGUUCGACAUAAGAGUUUUUGGCGAAAUAGAGUACUGGUCUAGUGUGGUCAAGAUGGUGGUUACGCUAAUCAUGAUUAUUGUGAUGAUAGUCAUUAAUAGAGGCGGUCUUGGCUCACAAGGCGUUGUCGGCUUCAAAUACUGGCAACGUCUGAAGUCUGAUUUUGAGCAUAACCUAAUAUUUGGACUCUUUCGUCCUACCUUCGAUCUUGACGAUGAUGGCAUGUCUCCCGGCAACGAGGGAAUCGGAGGUGACUUGGGCCGCUUUAUGUCGCUCUUGACAGCUAUAGUGAUUGCCUCAUAUUCAUACAGUGGAACUGAGAUCGUCUGCAUUGCUGCGUGUGAAGCAAAAAACCCCAGGAAGGCUUUGCCGUCUGCCACAAGGAGAGUGUUCUGGAGAAUCCUCAUUUUUUACGUGAUUGCUAUUUUUGUUGUAUCACUUAACAUUUACGCUGGCGACCCAAGACUCUUACGUUACUAUUCAGGCACCACAGGUGUAAAUCCAAGUACCUUUGACGAUAACUACGCUGUGAAAUAUGUGGGAGGAAACAACUGUCACUUGUCCUCUGAGGUGAUAGGAGGUGUUCCGAAUGGGUCGCAAAGCCCCUGGACGGUAGCAUUCCAAAGUGUGGGACUUUGUAAUUGGAGUGCUGUUCAGAAUGGGUUCUUGGUAUUUUUUGCAUUGUCAUGUGGGAAUGCACAGCUAUACGUUGCGUCAAGAACAGUCUACUCGUUGGCGCUUCAAAGAAAAGCCCCAGCCUUUCUAAUGAACUGUAAUCGUUUUGGAAUCCCGUAUUGCGCCGUCCUUCUAUCUUUUAUGUUUGGACUUCUCGCUUAUACGUGUGUUUCUGAGCUGGCAACCUUGGUGUUCCAGAACCUCACUAGCGUGAUCUCCUCAUCUGGUGUCUUUGUUUGGUUUGCCAUAUGUCUCUCCUUCAUACGCUUUUAUUAUGGGUUGAGAAAGAGACCCGACAUUAUCGGCAGAAACGACAAAUCGUAUCCUUACAAGUCUCCGCUCCAGCCACUCAGCGCCAUUGUGGGGCUUGUUGGAUCUGCGGUAAUUUUGCUUUGCAUGGGGUAUGUUGUCUUUUUAGCCGGGCAAUGGGAUGUGAUGUUCUUCUUCUCCAGCUACGGUACUUUGAUUCUAGUUGCGUUGCUCUUUAUCGGCUACAAAAUCGUUAACGGUACUCGCAUUCUCAGUCUCGAGGAGCUAGACUACGACUCGGGUAGAAGAGAACAUGAUAUUUACAUAUGGGACGGAGGAAAGGAGCAUAAUACUCGAAACUACAAGGAAUGGCCUCGAAGAAUACUAGGCCAUUUGGCCUAA